UGGGUUUUAUCGCCGCCUCGUCCCCCUCCUCCGUCUCUCUUAAAUUGUUAAUAAAACCGAAAUCUUUUCUCAUUCAAGAGCAAGAAAAAUCUUUCAGAUUCUUGAUUUUAUUUGAUUUUUGUGAAGAACCAUGAUGCUGAUUCGACAAUUCAAGUCACCACCUCCUUGCAAUUUCCCAAUCUCUACCUCAAAUUCCACAACCCCUUUCCAGAAUCACGACAACAACGUACGUUUUUCAAUCAAGAACAACAAUGGCAGCAGCAGCAGCAUUUCUUACACUGAUUCUACUUCGAAGAGAAGUAAUCUUGAUGAUGGUUCAGCAAACCCAUCAUCGUUAAUGUCGUCAUCUAAAUCGCCACCGUAUCCUGGUGGCAUCGGUCCGUUUACGGGUAGGGAUCCGAAUGUUAAGAAACCGGGUUGGCUCCGGCAAAAGGCUCCACAAGGAGACAAAUAUCAGGAGGUUAAAGAUUCUUUGUCUCGCCUUAAACUGAAUACCGUUUGUGAAGAAGCACAAUGCCCUAAUAUUGGGGAGUGUUGGAAUGGAGGUGGAGAUGGUAUUGCAACUGCUACCAUCAUGCUUCUUGGCGACACUUGCACCCGAGGAUGCAGAUUUUGUGCUGUCAAAACUAGCAAAAACCCCGCACCACCAGAUCCUAUGGAACCACAGAACACCGCUGAAGCCAUUGUGAGUUGGGGUGUGGACUAUAUUGUUUUGACCAGUGUGGAUAGGGAUGAUCUACCAGAUGGUGGGAGUGGUCAUUUUGCUGAAACUGUCAAAGCAAUGAAGAAGAGCAAGCCUGAGAUUAUGGUCGAGUGCUUGACUUCUGAUUUUCGAGGUGAUUUAGAAGCCAUAUCGAUGUUGGCAAACUCAGGAUUGGAUGUUUUUGCCCACAACGUUGAAACAGUUAAACGACUGCAGCGAAUCGUAAGAGAUCCACGAGCUGGAUAUGAACAGAGUUUGUCGGUCCUGAAACAUGCUAAACUUAGCAAGGAAGGGAUGAUAACUAAAACAUCGAUAAUGCUGGGACUUGGAGAAUCUGAUGAAGAGCUGAAGCAAACAAUGGCUGAUUUGCGUGCCAUAGAUGUCGAUAUUUUGACUCUUGGACAGUAUUUACAGCCAACUCCAUUGCACCUUACUGUGAAAGAAUAUGUUACACCUGAGAAAUUCGACUUUUGGAAAGAUUAUGGGGAGUCCAUCGGGUUCCGUUAUGUAGCAAGCGGACCUCUGGUGCGAUCAUCAUACAGGGCGGGCGAGCUAUUCGUUCAGACCAUGGUAAAAGAGAGGAGCAAGAAAUCUUGAACCUGAUUGAUCUUAGACAAGGAUUGGAUGGUCUACCCAAAUUCUACACCAUACAAAUACACACAGAUUCUUGUGUUUCUUUAUAAAGAAUGUUAUUAUUGAUUGAUAUGUAUGUACCAUUGGUUCUCUUUCAAAAGCAACAAAUCCAUCAAUGGACUGGAAUUUCUAUUUUUGUUAAAUUUAAAUAAGUUUUUACAGGA